AUGGUAUCACACAUCAUAACCACGACUCUCGAAGCUGCCGCGCUCUCUGCGAUCUCCAACCUGGCAGCCCAAGCUAUCAAAGCAUACCGAGAAGAGACAUCCUUCUCCGUCAGGCUCGUGCCGUUGGCACAAUUCGUCAUCUUCACUCUGAUAUCCUGCCCUCCCAACAUCCUCUGGCAAGAAUACCUCGAGUAUAAGUUCCCGGGCCAGACGCUCGCGCCCUCCUUGUCCACGGACGUGAUCUACGAGAAACGGCUCGACAUACCCAAUACUUUGCGCAAGCUCCUGUUCGACCAAACGCUGGGGGCGUUCGUGAACACAUUUGCGUUCGUCGCCGCCAUGGCCGCCUUCAAGGGAAAACCAGCGAGGGCAGUGCAGAGAGAAGUGGAGAGGGAUGUUCUCCCCCUCAUGAUCAACAGCUGGAAGGUCUGGCCGUUUGUUGCGAUCAUGAAUUUCACUCUUGUGCCCGUGAACAGGAGAGUCAUUGUGGGUGCUAUUGUCGGUCUCUUCUGGGGGAUCUAUCUGAGCAUGUUUGCGGCCGUGGAUUGA